AUGGCAGAAGAUGAACACAACCCUGUUGCGUCAAUGAUCGACUUUACCACCAACACAGAAGCAUCUCCUGAGGAGACCGUUCCACCACUCACUGGACCAUUUCCAUUGCAAACGGAAGUCUUGGCCUGUCAAAUGUCCUCGUGGUAUCCCACCUUUUCCAAUUUGCAGCAUGAAGAAACUAACGAAUCAACAUCUUUGACAAAGAAAAAGCGAAAAAAUGUCACCAUUGCCACCAUCAUCCUCCAAGGAGACAGUUUGCCAAAUGAUUUUCAAGAUUAUCUGACAAGUGAUGGCGUUCGGUUGCCCUUGGGAGCCACCAAGUUGAGUUCCUGUGCACCAAAUGAGUCCAAAGACAAUGAUGAUGAUGGGUGGUCGUCGGAUGAAAAUGACGAGAAUAGUGAUGGUGAUGAUAAUAACGAAAAUGAUGAAACCGAUGCUCCCAAGCAAUUUCAUUUCCCAGAGCUCAACGAACAAAUUACCGCUGCCGUUGAGGAUAUGGGUGGAGCAAUCAUUCCCAAGCUCAAUUGGUCAACUCCCAAAGAUGCUGGCUGGGUCAAUGGAGGCUCUAUAAAAUGCCAAACGCCUGGAGACGUUUACUUGCUUCUCAAGAGCAGUGACUUUUGUUUGCACGAUGUCCUCAUGCAAUCCUUGAAGGAAUGCAAGGAUUAUUGUAAUGAUUCGACGACUGACGAAACGACAACAACAACCCAGCAACUACCACCACUUCAAUUAUCCUUGCGAAAAUGGUGCACCUUGUACCCAAGCAUGGAAUUCCGAUGCUUUGUUCGACGACAUGGUUUAUUGGCUAUUUCACAGCGAAAUCAUACCCAACACUAUCCGCACUUGAUGCAAGAUUGGCCUCAGAUUCAAGAUGUCCUGGUGGAUUUCUUUUAUGACUACGUCAGAAAGCAAUUUGCCGAUGGUACCAUUGAAAACUAUGUGGUGGAUCUGUACUUGGACAAGAAGGAUCGGGUGUGGAUUUUGGAUUUCAAUCCAUGGUCACAGUCAACAGACUCCUUGCUCUUUGAGUGGUCCGAAUUGCUCACUAUGGAUGAUGAAGAAGUAGAUUGUGAUGAUGAUAGUGGUAAUGAUGAAGAGCUUCGACUCUUGCCCGAUUUCCGCAUUGUGGAAACGAAUCAACAAGUACGACAAGAUCCUUUGGCAUCUUAUCGGGCGCCUAUUGAUACCAUAGACUUGGCUUCCAUGGUGGGUGGAGAUGCCAAGCAAUUCGAAGAGUUUAUGAAGCAGUGCCAGAAACCAUCGGAAAUGCAAUAG